CUAUCAUAGAGCAAUGUGCAUGACAGGACAGAACGAGCAGAGCUGAGAGCAGGGCAAAGGGAAAACAUCAGCGAAAGGGGAGAACACUGGUGCCCAUCAAGAGCCUAGGAGAGACAGAGAGUGCCAUUGUAUCGCGCGCAGGAACUGAGCUAAAGCCGACAUCAUGGCGUGGCCCUGCAUCACCAGGGCGUGUUGUAUGGCCCGCUUCUGGAACCAGCUGGACAAGGGGGACAUUUCGGUGCCAUUGGUUUUCACCAGAUACGACGUCUCAGAGAUGCAGCAUCUUCAACUGCAGCACCAACAAAAACAGCCGCAUCACCAGGCACAGGCAAGCGCGGUCGCCAUAGAAACUCUACCCGCUCACGAGGACAAGGCGGUAGCGGCUUGUGAGCACCCCGUAACGGGAACUGCUGUGUCUGAAGAGCGCGCAUGUGGUUCUGUAAUGCGCCAAGACUUUAAGCACUGGAAAGUGCGCCCUGAGCCAAGCUGUAAACCUAAGAAUGAAUAUCACACUCCCGAGACCCCUUUUAACAACAAGACACAAUAUCAGAAGGAUUUCAAGCCAUGGCCCAUUCCGAAAAGGGACGACCAUCCUUGGAUUGCCAAACCCAAUCCCUCCAUCUCCAUCGGCGGUGACUGUGUCCAGGAUAGGUCCAAACACUACCAUGCACACGCGGAAGUUGACAGUGGGGUUGAGAAAAGCGAAAUUGCUGACAAAGUGCAAGAGAAAGAAAUGAUGGAAGGGAGUAAAAAUAAUCCAACUGCAGAGAAGGAUGGUGAAAAGAAAGUUAGCAUCAAAGUGGAGCGAGAAGACGCGGCAGGGGCCAGAAGCAGGGCGGCGUUAGAUGCGCUAAACAGGCAAUUAAAACAGGAAGUUACAAUUGGCAGCUCAUACAAGACUGAGUUCAAGGCCCACAGGGAUGUGAAGCCAGUGAAGCUGAUCCGAGCCAAGUCCCAGUUCCUUCCCCCUGAUGAGAAGACCAGCCUGGAGACCAGCUAUAGUGCCACCUACAGGGGAGAGCAGGCCAAGAAGCAGCCCAAUGACAACAAGGCUGUGGACAGGAGGAGGAUACGCAGCCUGUACAAUGAGCCCUACAAAGGGCUACAAGAGACCAAGGUUGAGAGGUCUAACAGUGCUCCCCGAUCCAAACCCAAAAAGGCGGGCACCAGGUUAGCGAGCCAAGGGGACAAACCUGUGAAGAAGGCAAAAGAGCAGAAGCUGCAGGGCAGCACAGCACUGCGGGGCACCAAGAAGAAGACAUUGGAGAACCAGCCCACUGAGUCCAGGCCUGCGGAGAUGGACAAGGAGAAAAGUAAAGAGAUGAACAACAAACUGGCUGAGGCAAAAGAGGUUGUGCUAAAACAGUACCACUACAUACAGCUCUGUCAGCCAAUCCGUGAUACAGGCUGGGUGCAGACGCUAAAGCAACACCUGUGGGGCUGUGCACUACCCAUUCCAAGAGAGCCUAAUGGCGAGGUUCUCCGACCCGGUGAUCAUCAUUCCCAGGGUGCCGUUGGAGGAGAACCAGAACCACUGGAGGAAAGACCCGAACCACGGAGGAGCGGCGGAGUCGUGCGCUUUUCCCCAGAUGUAAAGUAGAAGUAGAUCCACUAGAUCUACACUGUAGGCCUGUGGUAUACAGGGAGGGACUAUUGUUCUGAUCUGUUCUGUACUGUACAUAUCUAGUAUUUUCAACUGAGUUCUAUUCAUGAAGAGAAAUACCCCAUUAAGAACUCCUCUGAGUGAGGUAAACCCACAUACACGUAGUGUGUUUUCGAAACAGCGUAAUGGUCAUAGCUGUUUGAGCAAUUGCAAAUGCAAAAGAUGCUAUAAAUAGAAUUUCCGCGACAUGCUCAUGUCUGAAAAUAAUGUUGUUUUAUUGGUAAUGAUAUUAGAAAUGCCAAACCAUAAAGUGCUUAUUGAAAAAAUGAAACGGUACUGUACUAUAUAUUGAUCAAUUCAAAUGCAAAUAAAUAUAUAUAACUUGUG